AUGAUGGACGACGACGACGACUACAGCAAGACGUGCGGUCCCGUGCUGGACCGCCGUAACCCGGUGAAUCUGGACGAGCUGUUCGUGCCGCUCGGUGUCAAGUCCAAGGAAUGCGACAACCUACUGGCCGUGGCCGAGGAGGAUUCCGGAGACGAAGAUGACUUGGCCGUCGUUGAGGCGGUGGCCGCCAAGGCCACGAGCUUAGUGAACGACAUCAACACGAGAUUUUCCAACGAUUGUACACAGACCGUCGGACCGUACUUGGACAUGGCCGAUCCGUCGCGCAAGGUCAGCGUCCGCGACCUGUUUAAACCCCUAGACUUUAAGUCCAAAGAGGUGCAGAACUUGGCUGAAGAACGGUCGUCAGACGACGACGAAGACGACCACCAUAACGCCGAGGGCGGUGGCGACUACCAGACGACCAGUGCAGAACACGACCAACAGCAUACCCAGACCUGUGGACCCGUCCUGAUCGACAGUGGCAGCUACUGCAACUCGCCGGCCAAACAGCAUUUGGAACGGAUUUUCGAUCAAAAUCUGGAAGAGGGUAACGACGAUCGUGAAAAGGAACAACAACAGAAGCAGGAUGAGCUGCCGCGACCACCAUCACAACUGGAUGGUGCUGACGAAAACGCCGCCCAGUUGUUGGCUGAAGACGACGAUGACGACGAAGAGGGUGGCUUACAGCGGCCACCCGCUAACCCCGACCACGGUAUAUUGACAACCAAGGACGGCACGCCGCUGAUCCGGCUUCGGAGUAAAAAGUCCAUAAUGGAAUCGAGGUUCAAGCUCACUAUGCGCACGUGGGACGACGUCUGGAAGUCGACAGCUUGGGCCAAGUUCGCACCGGACAAGCUGAAGCACACGUUGCAGAGGUCGACCCGGAACCAAGGAGAGCUGAAGGCCGGCGGCGACGCGGUGGCAUCAAAGAAGCCGACUGCCACAGCAGCAGCGAUGGCUGCGGCGGGAACUACCGCGACCGCGGUGCCAGUCAAGAAGAGCCGGUUUAGGGUGCACCACGUUCAGAUUGACGACCAACCGUCGGUUAUGGUGUCCUCUGCCAAGCGGUCCCCGAAACCGGCGUUGUCGUCAUCCAGCGGCAGCAGCGACACGGACAGCGAUCGGCUGCCGGCCGGCCUGCCGAUGAUCGAGAGCAACCUUAACGAGCUGACGAUGGUCGAGUCACAGCUGAAGAAGCUGGAAAGGGAGCACGAGGCUAAGCACCAGCUACUGACGCCCAAGAACGACGGCGCGGCGGAAAAGUCGGGGUCGACGGCUGAUGACGGUGGCCACAAACAGCAGCACCAGCAGCAACGGGCCGUUGGUGGUGCCGGCGGUGGUGGUGACGGCAAAAAAGAUAAAGCGGCCACUCCAAAGGUAGGCUCCAGGGCCGCGGAGACUCACUCCAAGCGGUUGGGCUGGCUGAAGGCGUUCCGACGCAAGUCUUCGGCCGACACGAGUUCGGAUACGGCCACCGCCGCCAACUCGCAGGCGGCACCACACGCGGCCAAGCCGGUGAAACACAAACAGCAAGCAGCCGCGUCCAAAUCGUCUGCCGCCGGCAGACAGUCGUCGUCACCCAGACAACAACAGAAACAACGCGCAUCCUCGACAGCCGGCGCCAACAGGCCGAGACAACAACAACGAACGACGGCAGUGCCGUCCACCUCGACACCGGUAAGCAACAGGAAAAAAAUGGCGUGA